UAGCACAUGGCGGGUGGCGCCGCACGCUCACAGCGGGCCAGGGUGGGCCCACAUCUCAAUACUAUGAAAGUUGCGCGCGCAGUGUGCAGGCGGGACCACGUGCCGACGGCGGGGCAGGACAACAAAAGAAGGAAGGAGCGCGCCGGUGGCUCCAACCUCAAUGGAAGAGGUCCCCCGUCCACCCACAACCCCCACCAUCUCUCCUCCUACACCGUCUCUCCGCCAGUAAGCCGACGACCAAUGUAGCAGCAGUCGUUGCGAGCCAGCAAACCAGUAGACAGCCAGUGACGGGAGACAGGAGGUAGCAGGGAGACAAGAGAUAGCAAGAAAGGGGGAACGGGUUUGGAGGAUGCUAUACCAUGAACGGAAACAGUUCGGAUCCGAUCCUCCCCUUCGGAUAAUGGGCAAACGAGCUGCUAAACCAGUUUCCUCGCUCGGCUGCGGCCAGUCCCGAAAGGUGAACGCUUGCAGCGGCUGCUAACGAGAUCUGUCAAGAAGGUAGGGGUGGGAGGUGGAAGUUGGGCUGAGCCAGGCGCGAUUAGUGCUCUCCCCUUGAUUAAGAGUGGCGUGCAAUCACGGCUGGACGGUUACCCCCCAAAACUCCUACACCAUCCAUCCAUCAACGACAACCCCCCCUUCCUCCAAAACUUGGAUGUUACCGGGGGAUGCAAGAAGGGAGGGGUGGGGAAAAGGGAGCGACAUCGCCGAACGAACUUUGUGACACGACCGGACCUCCAGACAAAGUCUGGUCACAUGAUCGCUAAACUAGCCCCGGAUAAAAAGCGUGGCGAGCCUUCGUCGUUCUGAUCUUGGCUGGCAGCGUGUCGCUCGCUCUUUCCUUCUCUCUCCGUGCUCCGAUGGUGCUGACACCAAACAGGUUCUGCCUGGCGGCACGUGGACGGUGUGUGGUGAUUAGCCUGCUCGUGCUUGGCCUGACCCUCGUCUCCGCCUGUCUUCUCACAGCGACUAACCUCCAGUGAUGCUACAGCUGUUGGUCCCAGCCGAUGACAAGUUCAGAACCAACCUACUACAAUGUCCUGGGGCCAGCAGCACGUCUCCACCUUAACAGCUCUAACCCUGGAUUAGCAUCGGAACCUCUUGUUAUUUUCACCACCGAGUGUUGUCUGUGCUCAUUCCAUUAGAAACUUCUGCAACUUUUCUCGUCGCGUGAUGUGUUUUGAGGUCAAGUUCAUUUUCCCGUUGGAAAGCUCGGUUUUAAAAAUGAUAUACUUCCCGAGUGUGCUCACCAGGAAUGUCGUGUCACGCAAAGUUUGAAUGUACGAAGCGACACUCCUACUGUCAACAUGGUCUUGUCAUGAGGAUUAUUCUGUGCACGUGUCCUCGGAACACAAGACUUCCAACUACAGCAUCGAUCAUCUGUGGUUGUACUCGUGAUGAUGUCACGCACUAAGCUAAAAUCUUUAGCGAAUAUCUUUAAUUGCAGGUUAAUCAAAAGGUUAGUGCAGGUUGGUGACGAUAUAUUUUUUCCAGCCUACAGAGAAACCGGUGGUUUAACGUGACCUAUGACCUGUGACCUGGGACAUUGUAAACAGAGCAGGACAUUCGCGGCUGGGCACAGUCCGUUCUCUGGCCGCCACAAGGAGUUCUGAGAGGACGCUGACAUGAUCGAUGUAGGCGACACGUUCAACUUCAGUCUGCGGACCAACGCCAGCUUCAAUGGGCGAGAUGCCGACGAAGAAGACGACGACCCCGACGCAGCGUCCGUGUCGGCGGUGUUGCUGGUGGUAAAAGGGUUGGUGAUGACCCUCAUCAUGGUGGGCGCCGUCUUCGGCAACCUGCUGGUCAUAGCCAGCGUCAAGAAGUUCGAGCGGCUGCGAGCUGUCAUCACCAACUACUUCGUCGUCUCGUUGGCCUUCGCGGACCUCCUCGUCGCCAUCCUCGUCAUGCCCUUCAACGCCAGCAUGGAGCUGAGCGGCAAGUGGGUCUUCGGUCGCACCAUGUGCGACUUCUUCAACGCCAACGACGUCCUCUUCUCCACAGCCUCCAUCCUGCACCUGUGCUGCAUCUCCAUGGACCGCUACAUCGCCAUCCUCCACCCGCUCAAAUACGAGAUCAAGAUGACGCGAACGCGGGUGGCGGUCAUGCUGACGGUGACGUGGGUGGCCUCCAUCCUCAUCUCCUAUAUACCCGUGUACUCGCAGCUGUACACCACCCGACAGCACUUUCAGCAGCUGGAGACCCACCCGCACUCUUGCGUCUUCAUCGUCAACAAGGUCUACGCGGGAGUAUCGUCCAGCGUCUCGUUCUGGAUACCCUGCGCCAUCAUGGUCUUCGUCUACGCCAAGAUCUUUGUGGAAGCCCGCAAGCAGGAGAAGUUUGUCCAGUCCAACGCCAUGUACAUGCAGUACUCGCACGCCGCUCACGAGCGCAGCGCGUUGGCCUCGCAGACCAAUGGCAUGCUGGCGGAUGGGGAGGUGCAAAGGUCGGAACGCAAGCGGAUGCGGCGCGAGCACAAGGCUGCCAAGACGCUGGGCAUCAUCAUGGGCGCCUUCAUCCUCUGCUUCUUGCCCUUCUUCCUGUGGUACGUCAUCACCACCAUGUGCGGCGACGCCUGUCCUUACCCGCCCGUCGUGGGGUCUAUGCUCUUCUGGAUCGGCUACUUCAACUCCAGCCUCAACCCCAUCAUCUACGCCUACUUCAACCGCGACUUCCGGACCGCCUUCAAAAAGCUGCUGCGGAUAGAUAAGAUGCCGUGCGAGGGCGGUGCGGAUCCCACCACCCGCGCCCUCAACACGGCGUACUCCGAACACCGCGACUCGGCCAACACCAAUGUACGGAUGUCCAACAGCUCUUGUAAUGUGCGUCAGUGAGAAAACAGCAACAACAACAACAGCAAAUCCGUGCGUCGUUGCAGUGAGGGAAAAGGAGAUAAUACUAUCAGAGGACAAGGCUAACACAAGAGCUGUUUAUUUAAAGAAAUCAGUCAUUAGACUGUCCGGUGAAAAUGUCCAAGUUUUAUCGCAAACCCGGACAGGGAGCUGCGCUGCUGUCUUCUCCAUCCCCGCCUUCCACCUCCCAUCUUGGCAUCAUUGCCAGAAUCUUUCCGUUUCACUGGUUUGGUGGCGAGCGUUUGAUGUUUUCUUGUGAGAGAAUCCAGUGGUGUGUCGACCCACAGGUUUGUGCCUGGUCUGUCGUUUCACACCCAACCAUCGGGCUCGGAGCAGGAGACCAACGGGUUGGGAAGUGGGGUGAUUGCUCUCGAUACGUCUCGGUCUUUGAUCGAGAAAUGAGCAAAGCUCACCCAGGCUUAAAAAGCCCUUUGUGUACACUACUGAUGUCACACCAGAGGUGAGAUCGUCGGAGAGGAUCAUCGGUAAACACCGACGAACAUCUGACGAUGCUUUUCAUCUUUUUCUCUUCCCUCCUACCCCCUACCAUCUCCAGAUCUUUUUAUCUGGUUUGCUGUCCUUCCUUUCUCUUUACCAUUCCCUUGUCAUUUCCAGUGUCUAACUGUCAACUAGGUAGAAAGAAAAAAUCUCAAAAUUCUUCAAAGAUCAAAAGAUAAUCUGUUAUGCUAACCUCUUCUCGCGAGUCAAGCAGAUAUUAUUGACUUAGGUGUACUUAUGUCUGCAAAAUCGCUCACUGAAGCCAAUUUCUCCUCCAGCCAGGCAGAAUUAGUGUCUGCCUUGAAUUAUCUGAGUGUGACAAGCAGUUUUUGCUGCAGGCAGUUCUGCUGGAUGCUUCCAAACUAAUUUCAGAGGCGCGAGCACAAACACGAGAAAAGCUAAUAAGCCACGGUUAGGAGCUCACCCUCCCCAAUGUCCGGGUAACUGCCACACGACGACUGCUGGACCUCCACAACUCCACGACUAUUCCAUGGCCAUCUGUGCUCAGCUGCUUGAUACAAUCGCCAGCACCUCUCCAGCAGCAAAUUUCCAUGCCAUCCUGCAAUUCCGUGACCAGAAAAGAUGUCUACUUUUUAUUCAUGCGCUUCUAUCUGUCAGUUGCUACAGACCCCAGAGCGCGGAGGGAUGAAUCUACUUUUAACAUAAUUAGCUCGGCAAUGUGGCCGAGCCCAGUAACAUGUUGACGGCAGAAUGCCAGUUUGUUCGCACUUAGCAAGUCCUUAUUUCCGAAACAGUCGCGCCCCGCAAAGGUCAGAGUUCAGCGAUUAGCGAGUGGCACAAACGAUGCAAAGUGUCAUAGUAAUUACUCUCGGCAUUUAAUUCUUUGAAGCCUGCAGGGAAGCUGGAAACCGGUGGAUUUUGGUUAGACGAGUUUACAAAUUAUUCUCACGCAAAGAGAGCAAGUAUGGGGAAAAAAUUAUUGUUGGUAGUUGUCAGAACUUAGCGCAUUUUUUUUUUUGUCCUUUUUCUGUCACCGAUGACAAUUGUGUACAUGAAUAAUACACAACCAACACUUUCCAUGAAAAAAAAAACUUACUGGAGGAUGCGACUCAUGGAGUGCUCUCUCUCUGGCCAUUUGGAGAAAAUGCAUAAUUGAUAUUAUGUCUGCUGUGAUAAUUAAAACCAUCUCUUGUUGAUGAGCAUGCUUAUUGUUGUUUGUCGAAAUCCAGGGAGUAGAGCUUAUUGAGGAGAGGACAGGUUGUGGGGUUGGGGGAGAGUACAGAGGAGUCACGACUGGAUUGUCCAAAAGCCUCCUGACAGCUGGUUUAGCUCACCUGUGUUCCCAGGAGAAGGAUUUCGUCAUUUCAGGGAUCGACCGCAAACAAAGAUCUUAUUACCUGUCAGGUGUUAUUUCUGUCUCCAGGUGUUCACUAAAAUGGACACGUCUGGCUUAUCGUCUGUUCGCGGCUCCAUUAGACGAGGGCGAUAAGAUGGGCGUCUGUUCCCCCAACUUGACAACCCUCGUCCGACUGGCAUCAAAAUACUGAAAAAUAUACAGACAAUCUCCUGCCUCCAGCAUCUAGUGGCACACAUCUCUCGGUGCCGUGCCAAAGCUGCGCCUCCGGCUGUCCUACAAGAUUGAAUGCAAGAUGGUCUUCUUCUUGGCCUGACCAGCUAGCCAGAAACCACAGCAAAAAAAUGUGUAGCCUUUCUUAAAGCUUGUAAAUGUGAGAAAGUUGGGGGAAAAUUGGGACAGUGCUUGAAGCUGUUUAUUGCUUUUUUUGAAAGUUUAUUGCUUGGGUGAAAGCGGUGUGAUUGGGGCUGCGUGCGAUCAUUUUCUUUUGGUUUUGUUUAGUUUUUUUCGCUGAAAUAACUCCACUCAGUCUCUCAUGUAAGCACUCACUCACCAUUCAAGCAAUAAGCUAUGUAGCCAAUCAACACAUAGGUAUACCUACCAAAAAGAUAUAUUGAAACCUAUAAUGCAGAAUAAGUAGUUACAAUUGUUGCAGUCUUUUAGUCACCUUGUCUGUGUAAGGGAGGAGAGAGGCGGUGUGAGAAUGGCACUAACAACUGUUGUCACAUUAUAGACAGGACAUAGUUCCCAUAAUUCUCACUGUACCACUGACUUUGCCAGGCUUACCAAGAACUGCCUGUUGGCACGACAGACCUACAAACAUGUCGCUGGAUGGUCUUUGAACCUUUGACCUUCUGGCUGUCGCGAAGGCGGAGAGUGGUGCGGCUAACUGCUGCUCCUCACGCACUGGACACUUUUCUGAUUAAAGAAAAACAUAGCAAACUUUCUGAACUUUCUCAUUGAAUGAUCGGACAGAGAUGCCGGAAAAAAUGAUCGAUGGUUGGCGGAGAUUGCAAUAAUUUCACACUGGCCAAACCCUAUCACUACAUCUGGACUCCUAAGACGCACGGGCCAGCAGCGGGUCGAUGGUGAAAGGUCAAAGGUUGACCACUUAAAUUCGUGGCUAUGAGGCUCGCUGACAGCGUCCAAGUCCUUCCCUUCCAUCUGCGGACCAAUCAACUGCCGAAUGCUAAAUAUCCGCUUAGGGGUCCUGGGAUGGAAAGUGAAAAUGUCUGAAAACAAAACUCUUGCGACACAGCCAGGGGUCACAUGCAAGUCACGUGAUCUUCUAUCACUAUCGUCUUCUAAUGUUUGAAGCCACACACACCUGGAAAACAUGGAACAAAGAGACUGAGCCAAAGUUACGAGACUAUUCUAAAUAUUUUUUCGA